GCUGUGCUUCCCACAAUGCUUCGCGCUCCUCAGCCCGCCCCUUCUGAUGAGCGCUCUUCCGGUCCCGGAUAUCACGUUGGCGUAGCUCUGCGCUCUGAUUGGUCAUCCGAUCCCGGAAGAACAGGGCGGGCGGAAGGGCUGGGGGUGGCCGUCGCCAUGGCCACGGCGACGGACCGAGCGGUGGGGUUCGGCCUGGUAGCCUUCAGCCUCAUUCUCUUCGUGUACUACACGCUGUGGAUCAUCGUGCUGCCCUUCAUUGGCAGUGACCACAGCAUCCAUCAGUACUUCUUGCCCAGGGAGUAUGCAGUUAUCAUCCCCGUGGUGGCUGGGCUGCUGCUGCUGCUAUUUAUAGGUGUUUUUAUAAUGGUUGUGAUGUGGAAGAGCAGAAAACCUGCCAGGAAAUCUGACUGAAGGCCCAGCUGAGAGAUGGAGACAAGGCCCCCACCCUGCAGCACCCAGGCUUGGAGGAGCCAGCCUGCAGCACCAAGCAGCCCCCUCCUCCAGAGCGCUCUCAAAGCAGCAGCAGCACCAAGCUGGCUGCUCUGUCUCCCACAUUCCUUCCUCCAAAGACGCAGACUUGCAUAGUUUACAACUUACUGACUAAAGGGAAGCAAAACUGACUUAAAGGACUUACCAGGAGAGGGACCAGAGCUCCAGCUAGGACAAAUCUGCACCCUGGCUGAGGCUACGUGCAGCAGCUCUGCUGGCUGGAAUCUGUCAGGGUCUAGCAGCUGUAAUUGCAGAGUAUGAGUUCGGUUCUGGCCCCCAUCAGGUGCUUGGUCUCUGGGUAAUCUUUCCCCUCUGCUCUUGCUGCAUACAGUAGUUUAUUCCUUCUGGGAUUAUUUUUUUUUUUAACUGGAAGAGCUGAUGAUGGUGCUGUGAGCUCUCAUAUUGCUGAAGAGGGCCCUGUGAGCUGUGCUUGUAGAGCACAUGCUGCACCCACAUCCCCUCCUACAGUCACCCAACUGAGCACACAGCACGCCCUGCGUGGCAGAGGAAGCAUUUGGCUCUACUGCCACUGACUGCAGCUCUCACCACAGCUGCCAGCUGCAGCCUGGGCUCCUGCCUGCACUGCCUGCACUGACCUGGGCUGCCAGCAGCUCCCAGUGGCUGUAGUGAGCUAGAUUUAUCCUCAAUAAAGGUCUCUAAGGUCUUUGUUCUCCCGCAUCAAGUGCAGAGGUGCUGCUCCAGCCCUCUCCCCUGCUGUGCUGCUUGCACUCACAGUGACUGCAGAAGGCACCAGGCCCAGGGGCUGCUGAGGUGAGGACAAACCAAGCCUGCAGGGACCUGGGGACAGUGCACUCUUGCUGCCCAUUGCCCCAGUCCCCACUGAUCUCAAUUUCUAGGACCAGUCCAUCACCCUGGCCCAAUUCCUGGAGUUGUGCAGAGCUUUAUUGCAGGGGAAGGGCAGGAGGCAGUGCACACUGCUGGCACUGGGCCCUGCCUGCGUAUCCGGCUCCUGGUGUGGGACAAGCAGGAGCUGCGUUGCUGCAAAGGGCAGCGUCCCUAAAAAUAUCCCUGUUGGUGUGAUGGGAGGUGGCUGUGCUCCAGCUGAAGGUCGUGGCACUGCGUGUCCCUGCACAGGCUCUGUGCCUCUGUUCCUUCUCAUCACCUCUCAGCAGGCAGGGUUGAGUCCCCAGCCCAGGCACGUGCUGGGGUGCGGCCGUGGAAAGCAGCCUCG